AUGGCGAACCUGAAUGAGCUGGUGGCCGCGGUGGACGAGCCUUUGAAUGCGGAGAAGCAGUCCAAGGCGGAACGGGCCUUUGUCGCGCGUCUCGAUGUUUUCCUCCUCACGUUUGGAUGCAUUUCUCAAGUCAUCAAGUAUCUCGACCAGUCCAAUAUCAAUAAUGCCUACGUAUCGGGCAUGAAGGAAGAUUUACAUCUCGAAGGAAACGAGUUGAAUUUAUUUACGACAUAUUUCAACGUUGCGUACUGCAUCAUGUUGAUUCCCUCGCAAAUCAUCAUGACACAUGUCCGCCCCAGCUGGUGGCUUCCUUCUGUCGAAAUCGUCUGGGGCAUCAUUACCGGUCUGUUUGCCCUGACCCGCAGCGCAAAGCAAGUCUAUGUGCUGCGAGCCUUUCUCGGUCUCUGCGAAAGCGCUGCGUACCCUGGCAUGAUUACUCUAUUCAUGUCUUGGUAUACGCCGACGGAAAUGGCCAAGCGCAUCGGCUUCUACCACUCCUGUCAAUCCGUGGGACAGAUGCUCUCUGGCGCGCUGCAAGCUGCCAUCAUCAACAGCUUGAGCGGCAAGUCUGGCCUCGCCGGAUGGAGGUGGCUCUUUGUCGUCAACGCCAUCAUCACCGUAUUCUGGGGCUUUGCUGGCUACUUUAUGAUUCCAGACAUGCCAAACAAGCCAAACCCGUGGUCAUUCUGGUUCAAAAGAGUUCACUCGGAGCUGGCUCUCGGCCGCCUGGCUCGUACAAAUCGGAUCGACGCCAAGCCCAUUUCCUGGUCCGGAGCGAGACGCACCUUUACAAGUUGGUUGGUAUAUGUGAUUGCCGUCUUGUAUAUUGCAAUGGUGCUCGGCACGUCUGGUGCUGAUUACUUUGGCUUGUUCCUCAAAUCUGUGCACACGAGCGAUGGCGCUCGACGUUGGACUACCACGGACGUCAAUGUCAUUCCCAUUGGCGGUUCCGCGAUUACAGUCGUCUUUGGCAACGCUUUAGUUUGGGUUUGGGCAUACAUGUCGGAUUUCUUCCGCACGCGCUGGCUCUUGAUCAUUUUGCAAGGCAUGUCUGAUUCCACAAAACAAGCUAGAGACUUCAUCUCACACAAUUUUCCAGCCAUCAUUGCCAUAAUGGUCGGUAUAAUCAUGAGCGUUUGGACGGCGCACCCUCAAAGCACGCCGCUUUCUGCAGCAUACGCAGCCUACUUUAUUCAGCGAAUCGCCCUAGGAACUGCGCCUCUCAUUUGGGCGUGGCUAUCCGACUUGUCAGCAUUUUUCAGACGGUCGCCUACGGAUCCAGAAGGUCGAACCCUGAUUGUUGGUGCUUCCAUCGCUGGCUACUACUCCAUUUCGGCCUGGAGCCAAGUACUCCUCUGGCCUGCUAGCCAGGCUCCAUACUACAAUUACGGUUGGCAGUCUGCCUGUGCGCUCUGCGCACUGGUGGUUAUCCUCUGCGUUGUUCUGCGCAUCAUGGAUGUGCGCUACCUUGCGUGA